CGGUCCGCCGUGGGGCUAGGAAUGGACGGAAAGGCUUAGCCCUGCUCCGGCCGGGCUCCGGCAGGCUAUGAACCAUGCACUCGGGGAACAGCACGGGCACGACGAGCCGCCCGGAGCCCGCGGCGGCGGAGCAGGAGGUGCCGGGCGAGCGGCCCCUCUUCAGCGCCGGCACCUACGAGCUGCUGGCGCUGCUCGUCGCCACCAUCGGCAUGCUGGGCUUGUGCAACAACUUGCUGGUGCUGGUGCUCUACUACAAGUUCAAGCGGCUCCGCACGCCCACCAACCUCUUCCUCGUCAACAUCAGCCUCAGCGACCUGCUGGUGUCUGUCUUCGGCGUCAGCCUUACCUUCAUGUCCUGCCUGAGGAGCCGCUGGGUGUGGGACGCCGCCGGCUGCGUCUGGGACGGCUUCAGCAACAGCCUCUUCGGAAUUGUUUCAAUUAUGACUCUCACUGUUCUUGCCUAUGAACGCUACAUUCGAGUAGUCCAUGCAAAAGUGAUUGACUUCUCUUGGUCUUGGCGGGCUAUCACAUAUAUCUGGCUUUAUUCAUUAGCCUGGACUGGAGCACCUCUUUUGGGCUGGAACAGAUACACACUGGAAAUUCAUGGAUUAGGUUGUUCAGUGGACUGGAAGUCAAAAGACCCCAAUGAUGCCUCCUUUGUGCUACUUUUUUUCCUUAGCUGUCUAGUAGCACCUGUUGGGAUCAUGGCCUAUUGCUAUGGCCAUAUUCUAUAUGCAGUAAGAAUGCUUCACUGUGUGGAAGAUUUCCAGACUGUUCAAGUGAUCAAACUUCUAAAAUAUGAAAAGAAGGUGGCUAAAAUGUGUUUCUUAAUGAUCUCCACGUUUCUUAUUUGUUGGAUGCCCUAUGCAGUGGUCUCCCUCCUGGUAACAUAUGGCUAUAGCAACCUUGUAACUCCAACAGUAGCUAUCAUCCCAUCUUUCUUUGCCAAGUCAAGCACUGCUUAUAAUCCAGUCAUCUAUAUCUUCAUGAGCAGAAAGUUUCGACGAUGCCUCUUGCAACUCCUGUGCUUUCGCCUGAUGAGAUUCCAGAGGGCUGUGAAGGAGACACCAGCAACGGGGAAUGACAAACCAAUACGACCAAUAGUUAUGUCUCAGAAAGCAGGGGACAGGCCAAAGAAGAAAGUGACUUUCAGCUCUUCCUCUAUAAUUUUUAUUAUCACCAGUGAUGACACUCAGCAAAUAGAUGACAACAGUAAACACAAUGGGACAAAAGUAAAUGUCAUCCAAGUAAAGCCGCUAUAG